AUGCCAGCCCCGAUACCAACACAGGAAACCUCAACAGCGGCUGCUUCGUCCUCUGCUACUGCUCCCACCUCCGGCCCUCCUCCUCCUCGCGAAUACCUAGGCUAUCGCGCUCCCCGCUCCGUGCACGGUACCAAUCCUCAAUUCCUAAUCGAAAAGGCAAUCCGUUCACGCAUCUACGAUUGUCUCUACUGGAAAUCAGUGUGUUUCGGUCUUUCUGCCGAGACACUCGUCGAUGAAGCUGCAUUGAGGUUGCCUUGUGUAGGUGGAAGUUAUGGAGGGACAUUGAAGCCGACGGAAUUCCUGUGCUUGGCAUUGAAGAUGUUGCAGUUGCAGCCGGAGGAGGGGAUAUUGAGAGAGUACCUGGGGGCGAAAGAGUUCAAGUACCUCCGAGCUCUAACAGCCUUCUACAUCCGUCUAGUCUGUCCCGCCCUGCAAGUCUACACCCUUCUCGAACCCCUCCUAAGCGACUACCGCAAGCUCCGCUACCGCUCCCUCGACGGCUCUUAUCGCCUGACGCACAUGGACACGUUUGUCGACGAGCUGCUAACAGAGGAGAGGGUGUGCGAUGUGAUCCUCCCUCGACUGGUGAAGAGGGAGGUGCUGGAGGAGAGGGAGGGUCUGCCCCCUAGGGGGAGCGUACUGGAGGAGGCACUUCUUGAGGGAGAGGAGGGGGAAGGAGAGGGGAGUGGUGAGGAAGGAGAGAUGGACGAGGCGGAGAGGGAGAGAAAGAGGCGGUGGAGGGAAAAGGUGGCUAGAGGUAGGGAGGCUAGAGAGGCUCGUCUUCGUGCCGAGGCAGAGCGGGAGGCAGGUGUGGCGGCGCCGGCAGCGAGCAAUGGUGUUGGUCGAGGGGAAGCAGAGCCACGGCCGCCUUCGCCAGUGGAUGAGAGCGAGGUGGGAUAUGCUUCCCAGGAGGACUCCGAGGACGAGAGGGAAAGGUACGUCAGUCGAUCUCCCAGCCGGAGCGUCAGUCCUGAUCGACAGAGCAAUCGCCGGUCAGUAGCCUCCUCUGCCUCCCCCUACCGCUCGCGGUCACCGUCGCCUGGCAGCGGCAACGAAGCGUGA